AUGGGUUGCACUACUGCAAAAAUUCACGAGCCACUAAGUGAAAGACUUAGGGAGAAAGCGAGUGAGAUUUUUAAAAAGCUUGAUAUCAAAGGGACCGGAACUAUCGAUAAGGAAGGAACCGAAUAGUUUUGGUAACCAUUUAAAUAACUUAUUAAGGAAGUCCAACUUUGCAAAGUUAAACACCGAAGCACUAUUUGAAGCAGUUGAUUUUGACAAGAGUGGAGACAUUACAGAGGAAGAGUGGAUGGCAUUUUGGGAGAUUGUAAAAGAAAAUGGGUACUCAGAGGAAGAAAUAAAUAUGGAAGUAAAAAUUAAAUAAUUAAAGGAAGUUAGAUGAAUUGAUGGAUGGCAAAGCUUGGGUAUAAUUCAAAAGAGUGGACAGAUUCUUAAAGAUAGACGAAAAGAGAAGAGGUUCAAGGGUCAAGUCGAUUGUGUAGGAAGAAAAGAGGAGGCUUUCUAUCAUAUAACCAGCACGAUUAUAAAAGAGCAAGACUAUGUAAAGUGAGGGACAUGACAUGCAGUAAGAAAUUUAACAAUAAUCUUGA